AUGGUUUUCGCACCGGUUUAUAUUGGCAUUGUCUUGUCCACCUUGUUCUCUUCUGUCCAGGCUACACCCAUCGAGUCUCGGGCACUCAAGUCGUUCCAAAUACUUUCCGACGAGACAGACAAGGCAUACGGCUGCACCAAAGAACAAUACCUGGUCGUUCAUGAUGCUUUGGUCACUGCUACAGAGCAUGUAAAUCGCGCAACUGCCUAUUUGUCCCAAGACGGCAUGGAGAAAAGCGAAGUCCUUGCUCGUCUGUGGAACUAUCGCCACGGUGCAGGGAACCCUGUCACACGCGAGGUCGUAGAUUUGCUCAUUAAGGACCGAUUUGGGCCUGUGACGCUUUUCACCUCGUCCACACUCAAAGUCGUCUCGGAUUUCAAAGAAGUCGAACAGGGCCCAGAUUCCUUGUUGCUAUAUUGCCCCCAGGUCGACAACAAACCGGACAAGGGCGUAAAUCGCUGCACAGGCGACAUCGCCGUCAAUACCAACUUCAAGGACUACAACAAUGCCUUUCCUUUCAAUCACAUCGAAUUGUGUCCGGGUUUCUUCAAUAAGGCGUUGACGAUCGCCGCUGCCAGAGACAAAUUCUUCCCAGGACUGGAGCCAAAGCAGUGGGAGGAUACUACACAACUCAAAGACGAGCUUCUCAUUGAGCAAGCUUGCAAGGUUCUGGUACAUGAAGCCCAGCAUUCGUUGGCCCUUUUCGAGAAGAACAUCCUCGUAAAAGAUCCAGGACAAACUGUCAAAGAAUGCGCACAAUUAGGCUACAAGCCGCAACGUCAAAGUCCGGAAAACAUCGCUCUUAUAGCAUUCUGGUCGAGGGUCAAAUGGGACGCGACCCAUCCCCAAUUGACUAUCGUUGAUCAAAGCGGCACGGAACAGUUCACUGGGAUCGAAGGUUGGUAG